AUGACAGCAACCGAAGACAAAUUCGACGCUGUUCUGACCAAGAUGGACGCCAAGAUGGACGCCUUGUUAAAGGCGAAAGCCGACCAAGAAGUAAAGUUGAACUCCAUUCUUCAGAAACUAGAGAACCUCGAAGUAAGCCAGAAGAAGACCGCCAAUGACGUUAAAGAUUUGAAGCAGAGCUACGGUUAUUUAGAAGAACAAGUCCCUGAGGUCAAAAGUGACAUUGCAGAGAAGGCGUCCCGCAUGGAGUUGGCCAAACUUGAGAAAAAAAUAGAUGACCUCGAAAACAAUUCCAAAAGGAAUAAUAUCGUCAUAUGGGGUUUGCGAGAAGACGCAGAGAAGGAACAAGACUCUCUAGAGCUUUUUCUGGCCCAAGACUUCUUUGGAAACCAUAUGGGAGUCAAGGGCAUCGAGGUGAUGAGGGCACACUGCACGAAC